UCAAACGGAGCAGGUCAUGCAACAGUUAUUGUCCAAUGUACACUGAUCAUUCCACUUUCUACGGUGUACGUGACACGUAGCUUGUCAGUCAUGGCAGUGCCAAACCCUUAUGAUAAUCUUCUGAAAACAGUUGUUGUAAAUAGUAAAGAACGAAGUUAUUAUGACAUAUCAUCAUUUGGAAAGAAAUAUGAUCGAUUGCCGUUUUCAAUAAGAGUAUUGCUAGAAAGUGCAGUAAGAAAUUGCGAUGGAUUCCAAGUCAAAGACCAAGACGUCCAAAAGAUUCUUGACUGGGAGACGAACCAGGCAAGCGAUGACGUCGAGGUAGCAUUCAAGCCAGCCCGAGUAAUUUUGCAAGACCUGACUGGAGUUCCAGCGGUCGUUGAUUUUGCAGCAAUGCGAGAUUGCGUUAAAAGAUUAGACGGAGACCCGAAUAAAAUAAAUCCAAUUUGUCCUUCGGACCUGGUCAUCGAUCACUCGAUCCAAGUCGACUUUGUCCGCAGCGGAGACGCCUUGAAGAAAAAUGAAGACCUGGAAUUUGAACGUAACAAGGAGAGAUUUUUGUUUUUGAAGUGGGGAGCUAAGGCUCUGAAAAACAUGCUAAUAGUCCCUCCAGGAAGUGGAAUUGUACAUCAAGUUAAUUUGGAGUACUUGGCACGUGUUGUUUUCGAUUCGGAUAAUCUUCUUUAUCCGGAUAGCGUUGUUGGUGGAAUUGAAGCUGAGGCUGUUAUGCUGGGCCAAGCUGUUUCAAUGUUGCUACCCAAAGUCAUAGGAUACAAACUCGUAGGCACUCUAAACCAAUAUGUCACCUCCACAGAUCUUGUACUAACCAUCACUAAAAAUUUAAGACAGCUGGGUGUUGUUGGAAAAUUUGUUGAAUUUUACGGCCCAGGAGUGUCUGAAUUAAGCAUCGCAGAUCGUGCAACUAUUUCAAACAUGUGUCCAGAGUACGGUGCUACUGUUGGAUUCUUCCCGGUAGAUCAACAAAGUUUGAGCUAUUUAAGACAAACUGGUCGUUCCGAUGAACACAUAGAGCGUAUAGAAAAAUAUUUAAGUGCUGUAAAAAUGUUAAGAGAUUACAGCAAUGAAUUACAAGACCCCAUAUUUUCUGAAACAGUAACCUUGGACUUAGCGACGGUUGUAUCAAGUGUAAGCGGGCCAAAAAGACCCCACGAUCGUGUUUCAGUAUCAGAUAUGAAACAAGAUUUUAAUCAGUGUCUCACUAAUAAGAUUGGUUUUAAAGGAUACGGAUUAUCUCCAGAUAAAAUAAAAACUGAGGGUAAAUUUACAUUUGAAGGUCAAGAAUAUUCUCUAAAGCAUGGCUCAGUGGUAAUAGCAGCGAUAACAAGCUGUACAAACACGAGUAAUCCGAGUGUAAUGCUUGGCGCUGGUCUUCUAGCAAAAAACGCAGUGGAAGCAGGCUUGACCGUAGCGCCGUACAUAAAAACGUCUCUCUCACCAGGUUCCGGGGUAGUGACCUACUACCUCCGAGAAAGCGGAGUAAUUCCCGCGCUGACCGAGCUGGGUUUUGAGAUCGUCGGGUACGGAUGCAUGACAUGUAUCGGGAACAGCGGUCCGCUGGAAGACUCAAUCGCGGAGACGAUAGAGAAAAACGAGCUAGUGUGCUGCGGAGUUUUGUCGGGAAACCGCAACUUCGAAGGCAGAAUACACCCGAGUACCCGAGCUAAUUACUUAGCUUCACCAUUGCUCGUAAUAGCGUACGCGAUUGCAGGUACAGUGGACAUAGACUUUGAGACAGAGCCUCUAGGUCGCCGCGCCGACGGGUCUGGUGUCUUUUUGCGGGACAUUUGGCCAACGCGCGUUGAGAUCCAGGCGGUGGAGCAGCAGUACGUGAUACCUGCGAUGUUCAAGAGCGUUUAUAAUAAAAUAGAGAAAGGCAGCAAUCGCUGGGCGAGUCUCGUUGCACCAGAGGGUCAGCUUUAUCCUUGGAACGAAGACUCUACCUACAUUAAGCACCCUCCGUACUUUGAAAACCUUCAAAAGGACUUACCUGAGGCGAAAAAUAUUCAUAAAGCUAGAGUUUUACUUAAUCUUGGGGACUCGGUUACUACUGACCAUAUAAGUCCGGCUGGAAGCAUUGCUCGGAAUUCGCCAGCUGCUAGAUAUUUGGCUAAGCGAGGACUGACACCCAGAGAAUUUAAUUCUUAUGGAGCUAGACGAGGAAAUGAUGCCGUUAUGGUUCGAGGGACCUUUGCUAAUAUUCGUCUAGUCAAUAAGUUUAUUGGGAAACCUGGCCCGAAAACUCUCUACAUACCUAUCGGCAAAGAAUACGGAUCAGGAUCAUCAAGAGACUGGGCAGCCAAAGGUCCAUAUCUUCUUGGAAUUCGUGCAAUUAUUGCCGAGUCUUAUGAAAGAAUACACAGAUCAAACUUAGUCGGAAUGGGAAUCGUACCGCUUCAAUACUUGCCCGGACAGACCUCUGAAACUCUGGGUCUCACCGGAUUUGAAUUAUUUGAUAUAGACAUUCCUGCUAAUUGUCAGCCGCAUCAACAAAUUACAGUACGAACUGACACGGGGAAAAAGUUUGAUGUAAUUGUGAGAUUUGAUACUGAGGUUGACCUCACUUAUUUCAAACACGGCGGCAUCCUUAAUUAUAUGAUCAGAACUAUGAUU